AUGCAGAACUCGUCCAGCCUUCCGCUCGUACGUGCGCCGCCUGACGCCCUGCGCUUCGGCUUUUACAGCGCCAGUGAGGACGUGCGACCGCUGCACGAGGUCCAGCGUCUGCAGACCACGCACCGUCAGUUCAACUGGGAGCUCAAGAUGGCGACGGUCGAGCAGAUCUACGGCAAAGCGGCAGCCAUGCGACUGCGUACGGAGAAAUCGGUGCUCGAGCAGUUUACACGCCUCCCCGGUCUACCAAGCUCGCGCGCUGGUCUGGAUACAAUCACAGGCGCUGAUGAACAGAUUGAGUUCACGGAUUUUCUCAGUGACCCUGACGAGCACCCUGAAAACACGUUUCGUGUUCAUGAGGCCAUGGAAGUGAAGCUCUCAAUUUUCUAA